UCUUUUGGGUGGGAAUAGUCGUUUUGGGGGAUUGUAGAGGUGAGAUAGGGGAAAUUGGGUGGUUGAGGGGAUUUGAAGGUUAAGGGGAGUUUUAGUAGGAGGUUUAUAUGAACUUGGCCUCAAUUCACCGGUUUCUUAUAAAAUCGCAGUUUUAUAUUUAGCUAUGAUUCAUGAUAAAAUAGUUAGAUUUGAGAAAUAAAAAUAGGGCAUCCAUUUUAUUUGUAAGAACAAUAUUAAAGAGAGAUAUGAGAGUGCACAAAUCUUAUUUUCCUACCCCAACAAACAACUAUAAACCUCAUAAUGUCCUUAUACAAGAUGAGAGAAGUUCUGAAACUAAACAAGCUACGAAUAUUGCCAAAAAUACUUAAAAACAAGUUAACGAUUUCAAAUUUCUCAUUAAAAAGUGAAAAUCUUACCCAAAAUAUCCAUUUAGUCCAUAAACCUAUUGUUUUCCACAUGGAUUCAGUAUUCUUCACCAACAGUUUAUUCAGGCUCUCAUCUCAGAAUCUAAUUCUACAUCUAAACUUCCAUAAUCUGGUGAUCCGGCUUAGGUUUCAUGCCGAACAUCCACAUUAAAAUAUUACCCAUAAGAGGUAGGAAUAAGCUUAACAUUUGUUUCUUUGUAAUAAACUAAUGUAGCUGGCUUGGCUAUAUUUCUUCCAGAGAAAUUUCAUUAUUUCCAGUUUUAUUCGGAAAAUCUGAAAUAAUUCUUGGUAAAAUUUUAGGCAGGGGUUUCAGGAUUAACUGAAUUUUGGGUAGAGAGAUGGGAGAGGACUCGACUGUAUUUUAUAACCAUAGCUGACGUUUAGAGGGAUGAAAGAGGUAUAUUUAUCCUCCUUUGUGCAGUGGUUAAUUGAUAUUUUCAGUAGCGGUGAGAUAGAUUUCAAUCGGACUAGUUAAUUUUGAGAAUCCUUAGUUUUUGUUAAAAGAAGUUUUGUAAUUAUAUCAGCAAGUCUCUUAUAGUAAGUAAUUUGAAUAUUCUCAUUCUAAAAUGCAGUAUUUGUAUUUAGGAAAGUUCACCAAAUUUGGCCUCAAGAGGCCUGUGAAGUAUUCAGAAGCAUAAUCCAAUUAAAAAGAGACAGAUAUUAUAGCUAGCUCAAAUAUUUGUCAGAAAAUAUCACUAAACUACAAGUUCACUACAUAAAAUAAUGAGCGAUAAUUUUAACAUAACAGUUUGAAAGAGGUCUUAAUAAUUUUGACACUUAGAUACCCCUUAUUGCCAACAUAUUCCAGAGAAUUUAGGUUGA